CGACCUGCCGCGCCCCCGGGGCGCAGCGCGCACGCAACCGCGUUUCCGGCGAGACCUGGCUGCUCUGUCCCACGGCUUGCGCUCACUUGUGGACCCCGCGGACCUUCGGGAGAUCGAAAAAUGAUACAAACACAGACACAUGCUAUGUAAAUCGUGUGGACACCCUCACCUGUAAUAAUAGCCAAGAAGUAAGUAAAAACAGACAUCCAUGUGCUGGGCGCUGUGUUGUGAACAUGGCACUGCUCAGACUCUUCAAGAACUCGAAUGCCAUUCUCCCUCCUUCGGAUGGACAGCGCCCCGCGUGCCCGCACACACCCGGUUCACUUACCUGAGGCAUCUGCGGAUCGUUGAUGUCCCAGCUGAGCUGCAUCCCAUAGGAGCACACGCCGACCGCUUCCUGCACCGCGGCCGCCGGCAUCUGCCCAACUCGCUCGCGCUUUCCGCCCAGGGUUCUGAAAAAUAGAAGAAAAAAGGACCGGUGCGCCAGGCUGGAGUGCAGUGGCGCCAUCUCGGCUCACUGCAACCUCCGCCUCCCAGGUUCAAGCGAUUCUCCUGCCUCAACCUCCCGAGUAGCUGGGAUUACAGCUGCACGCUUCCAUUCCCAGCCCUAGCCAGAGAAGAGGAGCCAACUCCUCACGGCAGAUCCCUUGAUAGAGGAAGAUGAACCGAAUCCGUGACCCUCCAGACCCGGGAAGUGACGCGCCGUAGACCUUGGCACCGCAAAGCCAGUGCUGGGCACACGGACGGGUGCUGCACGGGAGUCGGCCGGGAGGGCGCCCAUGCCAACGCCUCUUGCAGGAUUAGUGCCUUCGGUUGGCAAAGGGCGGAUAAAGGAAGAGCGAAACAACCUCAGGAAGCUAAGGGUGGUCCACGCUCCCUGUCCUUUUACUUCCCCAGCCAAAGGCACAGCGAGGCUUGCUUAGAAAAGUGGAUCCCGCGAUUGGGCGCAGUGGCUCAUGCCUGUAAUCCCAGCACUUUGAGAGGCCGAAACGGGAGGAUCGCUUGAGCCCAGGAGUGCAAGACCAGCCUGAGCAACAUGGCGAAACCCUCUCUUCCAAAAAAAAAAAAAAAAAAAAAAGCCGGGCAUGGUGGCGUGUGCCUGUAGUCCCAGCUACUUGGGAGGCUGAGGCAGGAGGAUCGCUUGAAUCCAGGAGGCAGUGGUUGCAGUGACCUGAGAUAGCGCCGAUGCGCUCCAGCCUGGGCGACAGAACGAGACCCUGUCUCAAAAAAAAAAAAAAAAAAAAAGAGAGGAAGGAAGCAAGGAAGGAGAAAGAAAAGAAAAGAAAAGAAAAGAAAAAAGAAAAAGGAUCCCAGUCGGUCAGAGAAGCCUGCCAGUGGCAGCGGACCAGCGAACUCUGUUGGGGAGAAAGGCCAACUUUGAGCAGUUCCUCACGAUUUUUUCCUCCUUUAUCUUCAAGCUGGGGUCCUCCUCCCAAGCAAAGCCGACGGGUCCUAGCAGAAGAAAGUGAUUUGUUCAUUUCCAGCCUCCUUUUUCCGGAAGUUCUCCCCUCCUAAAAGGUCCCGUCAGUCAGGGUAUCUGAUUAAAAUCACUCUCAAAUGGUCACCACUAAGGUCUAGUUGGGAACGAAGAGAUAUGUCUACUCUUCGUCCACGAGUUUCAUUCACAGAUUUUCAUCUUACUGACUGCCAAAGGUCCCCGCAACUCCUGUUGAUUCAGUUGCUUUUCGUGUUGUUUGUUUUGUGUUCCGAAAUUGAAUGAAAAUUUAUUGAUCAUCCAUUUUAAAAUAUAUUAUUUCAUUAAAUGUUGUAGUUUAAGAUAACUUAUCCUUUCAAAUGUUCUAAAAAUAACUUUAAAAUGGUGAUUUAAAGUUACCUCUGAAAAUGCAUAGAAAUUAAUUUUUGGUCUUAUUGCAGUGCUAGAAUAGUUCUUGUCUCUGUGCUUUUGGAAUGUUCCUAGAGAGACCUGACCCGUCAAAAACAUAAAUAAAUAAAACUUUUUAUGUUAAAGGCAAAUCAAUUAAUUUCUAAAGGGAUUCUGGUAUCCAAAGAAAUGUCAUAGAGCGUCUACUAUAUUUAGUUUGAGAAGAAUUAGAAUAUGCAUUUCAAGUUGCCAUAAAUUAUAUUCGGACAAAACAUGUGAGUAAAAAAAGCUAAUCAAAGUAAAAAAAUAAAUAAACAGAUAAAAGGUAUUUUGCCUAUUCUGUUAUUUUUAAUUUCUCUUAAAGAUUUGAAUGCAUUGCACCAUAGAAUUUGGAAAGAUAUGUUUUUCCCCAAAAUCCUGAAAAUAAUAGAUGAUGAAGUUUUCUAUCUAAUAUUAUGAAAACUCUAUUUUUAAAAUAUUCUCUUAAAAUUCAUUUAAACUGUAGUAUUUUGUUUAUUGCUUCUUAUUGUUCUUUAUUUCUUUCUUGCCCUGGUAUUAUAUUUGUAUUGACUCACAAUAGCUUAUACUCACAGCUGUUCCUGUCUUGAUUACUAGUUUAAUAUUUAAAAAGUCCAUUCAUUGAAAAGGAAAAAAACAUGCGUUUGAAUUUCCUUGGUUUAGAUUAAAAUAGGUAAAUUAAUGUAAGAAUGUUUACAUUAUACUUGCCAGAAAAUGGAUAUGACAGGCUUUGACAUAAACAUUGUUUUGAACGGACUAGAAGUGUGUGCAAGUCCUGGGCUAACAGGGGUUCUGGUUAUGUUAUGUUUUGCUUUGGUGUAGACAAAUAUCUUCUGUACAUAUUAUGACAUGAAAUACUCACAGGUCUAGUUAUAAUACAAGUUGAUUUUUACACAAAGAAUGUUUGGAUUGGAGGGGUCUUUUUUUUGUUUUUGUGAAAAACUCCAGUCCAAUUUAAUUUUGCCACCGUGUUCACACAACUGGCCACCUACCCGAAUCAGCCUAGCCAUUGGUACGCAUACUUGUCAGGUUAAAGGAAAUAGGCAAACAAACAAACAAACAAACAAAAACAAAAAACUAUUUGCUUUGAUUAAAAAAAAAAUAUUCCCCUUGCUCCCCACCACGGUACUUAAAAAACAACAACCAAACACACUUUUUGUGUGUGUGAAAUCGGGAAUGUAUUAAUAGUAUCGGUACAAGUCUGGUUACCGUAGGAAAGGGUUCGGCUUCUGUCUACACACAUCAAUGGACCAAAAACUGCUCCUCUGGCUUUUUUUUUUUUUUUUUUUUUUGAGACGGAGUCUCACUCUGUCCCCCAGGCUGGAGUGCAGUGGCGCGAUCUCGGCUCACUGCAACCUCCGCCUCCUGGGUUCAAGUGAUUUCUCCUGCCUCAGCCUCCCCAGCAGCUAGGAUUACAGGCACAUGCCACCGCGCCUGGCUAAUUUUUUGUAUUUUUAGUAGAGACAAGGUUUCACCAUGUUGACCAGACUGGUCUUUAACUCCUGACCUCAAGUGAUCCACCCGCCUCGGCCACCCAAAGUGCUGGGAUUACAGGCGCGAGCCACCGCGCUCGGCCGCUCCUCUGGCUUUUUAAGGCGGGGCGAAAAGUUGGAACAGCUACCACAAAGCGAACGCCUAUCUGUUUGGAAUUUUGCAAAUAAGGAACGUUUAAACGACAUAGUUCACAUCCUUUGAGUGCUGGCUUUCUCUUAACAGGUGUGUGCGUGCGCCCAGGUGGCUUGGCCUGUGUGCGCUAGUUACUUGCACGCGCUUCUGGAGUCUCAACACACAGAGCUCUGGUAAACUUCAGGGGGCGGAUUCGUCAAUUACAGUUGCGGAAGAAGACUCGACUCGAAGAGCGGUCCGCCACCAGGGGUCUUGCCGCAGCGCCCCCAGCGGGCGGGGGUCUUUGUUGGGGAAGCCGCAGAGGGCAGACUGAGCGCAGCAAAGCUGAGCAGCGGGCUGCUUCAGGACCGAAGCCUCGUUAUGCAAGCGAAAAACAAAGAUCCUUCGCAGCCUAUUAAGGAAGAUAGGACUGGGAAGGCCCAGGAUGAUGCUUUCUGGCUUCAAUCACUUAUUACGGAUGCAUUCCAUGAUAAAGGAUUUCAGAAAAUAAAAGAAUACUUUGAACAGAAAGAGAGCCACUUUCCUCAAAAAUAUAAUCGUCUUCUAUUAUACCGUCUUGACAGAUCAAUAAAUAAGGAACUAGAUAAAAAUGAAUUUCAGUCUGUGUCACUGUUGCUGAAAUGUAUUCAGCGAUUCUUCAUAGAUGGGCUGAAAGAAGAUGAACCUUUGCUAAUUCGGCAGGGACUGAUCCCAAAGAUAAUUUCCUGGUUUGAAAGAACAACAGGAAUUCUGACCCCGGAAGGCCUAGCCUCAGACACAUCGCUGAUUUGUGUUAUAGAAGAUUUCUUUGACACUGCGUUGAUUAUUUCCAGGAGUAGUAGUGAAGGGAAAAUUCAGAUGUUGGAUUCUUUCCUACUUAGCUUAGGAUUCCUGGUGACAGAAAAGACUGUAAAUCAUUUGCUUCAACAGGAGGGCUUGAAGACUUUUAACUGCAUUUUGCACGGUGUCCCUCGGGAAGAGAGAAAAAAAUUUCCUUUGUCAGAAGGCAUGUGUCAUCUUAUGAAAGACCUUGCAAGGACACUCUUGACUGUGGGUGAUUAUGACCAGCAGGUUGCUAUUUCUGAAGCGCUGUGUAGACUGACGAUUAAAAAAUCAAGGGAUGAAUUUGUCCAUAAAUGGUUUGAUGAUGAAGUCAUUGCUGAAGCUUUCAAAGAAAUUAAGGAUCGAGAAUUUGAGACGGACAGUAGACGUUUUCUCAAUCACCUAAACAGCAGACUCGGUGACCAAAGAAGGGUGUAUUCAUUUCCGUGUAUUGCUGCUUUUGCUGAUGAGCAUGAGAUGAGAAAACCAGCAGAUGAAAAAUUAGAUAAAUUUUGGAUCGACUUUAACCUAGGAAGUCAGAGUGUCACUUUUUAUAUAGACAAUGCUGAGAAUACUCUAUGGGACUCAGUGACACUUAAGAAGGAAGCGGUGAUGAAUUUCAGCAUAACAGAAACUGAGAAGAUAAAGAUAUUUAUCAUUUACCUGAAGGAUCCUGUGAUUAUCAGCUACAAAGAAGUCAUGAAAAUAGAAAUCCAUUUUGAUUUGCAGUUCAACAUAUCACAAGCUUCCAUUCAAGCUUUAGGAGAAGACAAACAGAUGUUGCCUGACCAGAUGAAAAUCUCCUCAGAACUUUUUAGUAAGUCUGAUAAAGAAGACAGGGAGAGUCUCAGUGGCCUCGAAAGAGAAACAGAGCAGGCAGAAGAAUCCACCAACGUGGUGGAGUUUAUGAGUGCUGAAGAUGACCGUUGCCUAAUAACUCUCCACUUAAAUGACCAAUCUGAGCCACCUGUUACCGGGGAACCUGCCCCCGAUAGUCACCUUCAGCCGGUCCCUCCGUUCGGGGUUCCUGACUUCCCGCAACAACCCAAGUCUCAUUACAGAAAACAUCUCUUCUCUGAGAGUAAUCAAGAUUCAAGUACCAGUGAACUAUCUUGGACCAGUAACCAAAAAAGGAAAACCCUAAAAUCAUAUUCUGGUAGAAAGAAGACAAGAACCAGAAGUAAUUUGAGAGUCUUGCCAGUUUUCCCUCCCAGUAGUGGCAGUGGCCGUGAGAAAGACCAAGCUAAGCUUCUAUCACCAUCACAGAAAGACAUACCCAAGCAAAAUAACACCGCAUCUCCAAAGACUUCUGAAAAAAAAUUCCAAGAUAGUUUUGCUUUUUUGACUGCUGAAGAUUCUGCCCAGAAAACAGAGCUUCAAGAUCCUUACUCAGUGAGCGAGCUCUCUUCCUCGAAGCCCUCAGAAGAUGAAGAAGAACCUAAGAUUGUGAACCAAGAAUCACUAACAGGAAGUACUAGCUUGAAACAUAAGCUGAGAAACUUGGAAGACAGAGAUACACCCGAAGGUAGUUUUGCUAAGUCAAAACAAUCAAGAUUGGAGGAAGAGAUUGCUCCGGGAUCCCCUUUCUCAAUAACAGAAGAAAGAGAGUUGCCAGAAGGAAUUUCCACUUCAUCCCUAGAAGUUGUGCCAGAGAACUUGAACGGUUCUGCCAUUCUCCCAACCUUUGAAAACUUCACUAGAAAACUGAAAAGAAAAUACGAGCUUAGGUACAGAAAGCGUCCACUUAAUUCAGAAAAUGCAAAGAAAGCACCGGAUUGCCUAAUAAAACUUUUAAACCAGAUGCAACUGUUCAGACUCAAUAAACUAGAGAGCUUUCAAAAUUUGGUUCUUCAAGAGUUGAGCAGUCUUAAGAAGGAUAUUCAGGCCCUGGAACACCUUGAGAGGGAGGUUCUGGAAUUCUGGGGGAAACAGUCUGCUGAUCUGCAGUCUUUCCAUGAUCUGCAAGUGCUGAGGUCCAAUUCAACUCAGACUUCAUAAGAAAGCCAAAGCCUUCUUUUAUGAUUGCAGCCCUCAGCACUUCAACAAAAGUGUCACCUUUAGCAGGGGAGAAAUAUUCAUCAUGUCGUUAUUAACUACUAAAUCCUGUAGUGAAGUUUGAGUGGAUGAAGUUGCAUAUACAGUUAAGCAUUUGAAUUUAUUUUGGAAAAAUGAAGCCUACAUAAUUUAAGGCCAUCUACAAAGUAACUUUGUUCAUGACUGGAAUGUGAAAACAAGAAACCCUAAAAGCUGAAAUGCCUCAAUCUGUUUCACGGGGAAGUGGUGACUGUGGAAGGUGAUGUAUUUCCACAGGAGUCAAACAGCACCCGGGAUUGGAGUGAAGCAGCUCCUGCUGGGGUAUGUGCCUCUGACCAUGGGACAUACGAUGUGUGGAAAAGAAAACAGUUUUAAAUUUAAGGUUCGGCCCAGAUUUUGCUUGUAUCAAAGACCAGACACUAGAAUAUGUGGCCCCUGGCAGACACGGGCAUCCUGCUGCGGCGAGGCUGGCGCUCUAGGCCUCCCUUCGUGCUCUCCUGAUCUGCAUGCGAUGCUCAAUACAAGACAGCACCAGUGGUCUCUAAGAGCCAUUCCUCAAAACGGAAAAAUUAACAAAAUAACUUACUUUGUCCACAAGGUAUCCAGUUCAAGA